AUGUUAGCCUCGAUGACGUCUAACUCACUUUCUGAUAGUCCUGCCAACUCCAGUAUUGAUCGACGCUUCUGGGGCCUCGAUUCUGCUCAGUCUGCCGAAUUGAUCCGCUUGUACGAGGACGGGAAAACCCUCGCGGCCAGGCGCCUCAACAUACAAGAACAUCUCGAAGAACACAAGAAGAGUCUCUUUGGAGAAGACUGGCCGGAAAUCACCCAUGCAAUGAUCCAUGAGGCUCGACUCAGGGACAGUGCGUCCGAGGGACGAUAUGAGGCUGAGCUAUUGAAAGAGCAUGCCGAGGAUCAACGGCUAUUGAUGGAUGAAGACGAAAAGACCAUGGAAAUCGAACGACGGCUGAGGGUCAUUGACAGUCAACUUGAUUCCAUCGCCGAAGCAUGUUCAGACUUGGAACUGCGUCCGUCUUUUACAUCGCCCAUCCUUGCACGACUUCCACGCGAGCUUCGCGAUUACAUCGACGAGGAUAUCGAGCGCCUAGAUGCGGCCAUCUCAUUCAUUCCAUAUGUAGUUACAGUCCACGAUCAGCCUGCUGUGGAUUUACUGGAUCUCCCUGUGCCACGAUACGCGAAUUCAAGCUUUGUGGGAAACGAGUUUGCAUCAGAAGUCGCAAUGAGAUACUUCAGAGCUUUGACUGGUGCAGCAAUUGACUACCGCUGUGUCCGAGCCCACCUGAAUCGCAGCUAUUUCGGACCCAUGCAUUUGACCAUGAAGGACGUCAUCAAAAAUGUCGUCAUGACCAUAAGCAGAGUGGCUUACUGCAGUUACGGGACAAAAGUGUUUGCGGCCGACGCUCUGGCAGAUAGUCUCGAGAGCCUCUUUAUCCUAAAAGACCAUCGAAACCUGCCCAUUGAAAUCUAUCUGGAUCACACGCUGCAGUACAAACCGGCCUUGUUUGAGAUUCUCGAGAUCAUCAGACCCAUGUUCCUCCAAUUCCGAGAUGCCAAAAUGAACGUCAAGGUUUUGGGCUACGAUUUCUUCAAUCCAAUUGACGACCGUUCCCAGGAUGUCUUUUCAGAACAGCUGAAUUACUACUUUGACCUUUCGCCGGAAGAGUGGCUCGACAUGAAGGCUGAGGAGAUCAAAGCAAUCCCCGACAAAAAGCAACGGAUGGCUUGCAAGGGCCUGAUACUGGAAACAGAUAUUGCGGGCGAUGCGAACGAAUUUGGCGUUCGUUAA